UAGUCCAAAGAGUUGUUGGGGUGUUCUUCAGCUGUGAACACUUAUAUACACGUAAAGUUAUGCAAGUUUCGAAGCCCCCAGAAUGUCAUUGGACGUUAGAAUGAAGCAUUAUAGAUAAUGGGUUGGGGAGGAGACGGGGUAGCGCAAGCGCCUCCCCCAGAAAUGCAGCAAAUCUCGCCCAUUUUAUUGUGUUGGGUGGCUCGCGCGCUGGGUGCUGGAGACGCGCUUUGCAAAGCAGAGUCCUUGCAUUGGCAGGCUGAUGGUGACACGUGCCUCCUCCUCGCCACCCCCAGGCUUCACCGUACCGCAUUGGCAUCAGUAACGGUGACGGAAAACCAACUGUGGAAGCGCUGCCGCUACCUUUCGAAACAAACCGUCCGAUUAUUAAUAUUGGAAAGUGCGCCUGAGCAUUUGCGUAAAGCUUUGCGCAACCGUUGUCGAUUGUCCAAAUCGUUCUCGGGCGUUUCGUCAACCAAACAAGAGGCUGCGAUAGCAAGAUGCAGAGAGCAGGCGCCGACGUCUGAAGGUGACAUGAACCUGAGGAUUAACAAGUACAGCAGGCGUACCUUGAACAAGAAGUGGAGAUAGCAACUGAAGACCAUCGUGGCUUUGAACUCGCAACUUUCGUAGUUUAGUCUAUGUAAAGAAGGAAGGAGUUUGAUUCUAAAUAAGUCAUUACUUUGGAAUAAUAUUAUAGUUCUGAAGAAAAAAGUUACAUAAAACAAAGCAAAAUGGCUACUUUAAUCAAAAGCAAAAUUUCCAAUAAACUGUCCAAUGCCGCAACCACGGUGUCGAACAAAUCUCAGGCGAAGGUGAGCGGGAUGUUCGCGAGGAUGGGCUUCCAGGCCGCUACCAACGAAGAGGCGGUGGGCUUCGCCGCGUGCGAUGAUCUGGACUACGAUCACCGGCAAGGGAUGCAAAUGGACAUCAUGACCAAUGAUGAGAUGGGUGAGGGGAGCGGGGAGAUGGGUUUAGAUGGAGUGGAUGGGGACACCCGAUACCAGAGAGAUGGCACUGGACCCCCACCUUCAGCAUCUAAAGAUGGUGAUCUUUGUAAGGAGUUAGCAGACGAUAGACCAAAAAUCACCGUUUGGGAGGCAGGAUGGAACGUCACAAAUGCAAUCCAGGGGAUGUUUGUUCUCGGUUUACCGUACGCUAUUCUGCACGGGGGGUACCUUGGACUGUUUCUCAUCAUUUUCGCCGCUGUGGUGUGUUGUUACACCGGGAAAAUCCUCAUCGCUUGCCUGUACGAGGAAAACGAAGACGGCCAGCUCGUGCGCGUGAGAGACUCAUACGUGGACAUUGCCAACGCCUGUUGUGCGCCAAGAUUUCCAGCACUAGGCGGUCAUAUUGUGAAUGUAGCCCAAAUCAUAGAGCUCGUGAUGACCUGUAUCCUUUACGUUGUUGUUAGUGGUAACCUCAUGUACAACAGCUUCCCAAACAUGCCGAUCUCACAGAAGUCUUGGGCCAUCAUGGCCACCGCUGCCCUGCUACCCUGCGCCUUCCUCAAGAACCUGAAAGCAGUGUCUAAAUUCAGCUUGCUCUGCACAAUGGCCCAUUUUGUCAUUAACAUCCUCGUAAUAGCCUACUGCCUUUCUAGAGCAAGAGAUUGGGCUUGGGACAAAGUCAAGUUUUACAUCGACGUCAAGAAGUUCCCCAUUUCUAUCGGUAUCAUCGUGUUCAGCUACACGUCUCAGAUCUUCUUGCCCUCUCUGGAGGGAAACAUGAAUAAACCCAGCGAGUUCCACUGCAUGAUGAACUGGACCCACAUCUCCGCGUGCAUCCUCAAAGGCCUGUUCGCUCUCGUGGCUUACCUGACCUGGGCAGACGCAACCAAGGAGGUCAUCACUGACAACCUACCGUCCACCAUCCGAGCUGUCGUAAAUAUUUUCUUAGUGGCCAAAGCUUUGCUGUCAUACCCUUUGCCAUUCUUUGCUGCAGUCGAGGUGCUGGAGAAGUCUUUUUUCCAGGAUGGUGGACGCGCGGUUUUCCCCGAUUGCUACGGCGGCGAUGGACGCCUGAAAUCAUGGGGCCUCAGCUUGCGCUGUGGCCUCGUGGUUUUCACUCUGCUGAUGGCGAUUUAUGUGCCGCAUUUUGCCCUUCUCAUGGGUCUCACGGGCAGCCUGACGGGCGCGGGGCUGUGUUUCCUCCUCCCCAGCCUCUUCCACCUCCGGCUCUUAUGGAGAAAGCUGCUUUGGCACCACGUGUUCUUUGAUGUCGCCAUAUUUGUAAUAGGAGGAAUAUGCAGCAUAUCCGGUUUCAUUCAUUCCAUGGAGGGGCUUAUAGAGGCCUAUAAGUAUAACAUACAUGAUUAGACGCUCUAAACGUCUGCCGGAAAUAGAUGUUACUGCACACCCUUAUAGUGAUUAAUUCAACCCCAAUGAGCUCAGCUCCCAUGCUUACAGAAUCCAUACGUAAUAAAUGGCGCGCGCACCGAACGCAGCAUACAUUCGCGCGCUCACUCUUGCACACACGCACACACACACACACACACACACACACACACACAUACACACACACACACACACACACACACACACACACACACGAGAGAAAGAGCUAGAGAGUGUCUUACACAAGAUGGACUAUUCAAGAUGUGCACGCACGCAUAUGACAACUAAUUGCAUUUUCCAUAUUUUUCUGUGGAGUGAAGGUUUACAACAUAGAUCGACCUUAAAUUAAAUUGCAAAAUGCGCAAUUUAUCUGUUCAUCGCUCUUGUGGGAGUCAUUUCAUUUGACAUUCAAGUUUGUGAUUUUGGACAACAAUUCGACGGUAUAAUGUGAUGAAAUCGUAAAUAAGAUAUUUAUUUGAUGCCACUUUCUUCUUCUCGAUGAUUUGCAACAUUUUAACGGGCAAUGAAUGUGAUGGUUAACACAUAAUUUUAUUGUGGACUACAAUAAUGGCAACUAACAUGAUGGCAAUAAACAACAGGAGAACAUAAUGUAUUUGUGAAAGGGACAAGCGUCAAAAAUGUAGACGUUUAUUAGCCGAUUGUCUAACAAAAGACCUUGGACCAGAUAUGAACAACCCACCCAAGCAUUAAUUAGGAUUGGAUGCAAAUAUGAUGGUAUAAUUAUAAAAAAAUACAAAAACUAUGCAUUGAAUGUAAUAUAUCCAGACACAAUAAAUACACAACCUCUAAAUGGUAGGUGCAGAGAAAAAUCACGAGCUGCUGCUCUUGAACCAAACACAGUUUGACCGAUAGUAGGAUUUUUGAGACGGCGUCCUUAACACGAGGUGACACGUCGCAAACCUUAAUAAUCCUUUUCCCAGUAAAUAGGGAUUUGGAAAUAUUGCCUCAUCAACAGAUGCUCAGCAUCACUUAACUCUGCCGCAUUCAAUUGAAGCCUUUCUUCAAAAUGAGUUCCGUAUUUAAGCAUUUGAUCUGAAGUCUUCUAAAUUGGCAUUGAUUUAAUGAUGAUUCAAUGUCGGGAAUUCUACUGUUUGAAACAUAAGAUAAUAAGAGAUCAUUAAAGAAGAAAAUGUGCAUAAAGAACAUUCUUAGCAUUCUGUGCAUUCCAACGGGUUCUGUGGAAAUGUUAAAACCGUAUGUGUAGUGUUAUUGUGGUUUCAAAAAGAUGGAAUGUAUAUCUCAAAAAUCGUUAUCAUAUAUCGUGAAAAUGAAUAUUAAAGAAUAAAGAAAUAAGUGAAAUUA